AUGGCGGAAUCGGUGGAGCUUCCGAGUCGACUCGGUAUCCUUCCUUUCAAAAACAAGGUCCUCUUACCAGGCGCCAUCAUUCGAAUUCGCUGCACUUCACCCAGCAGUGUCAAAUUGGUGGAGCAAGAGUUAUGGCAGCGUGAAGAGAAGGGAUUAAUUGGUAUUCUUCCCGUUCGAGAUGCUGCUGAGGCGGCUUCAGUGGCUCCUGUGUUGUCUCAAGGUGUGGGAAGUGAAUCUGGAGAACGAGGCUCGAGAGUUCAAGUUAGUACAUCUGAUUCUCACAGGCCAGAUGGAAAAAAUCAGCAGGAAGUUAUUCAUUGGCAUACCAGGGGAGUUGCUGCACGUGCUUUACAUCUCUCAAGAGGAGUUGAGAAGCCGAGUGGGAGGGUUACAUAUGUAGUCGUCCUUGAAGGUUUGUGUAGAUUCAGUGUCCAGGAACUUAGCACAAGAGGAACAUAUUAUACUGCACGGAUAUCUCCUCUUGAAAUGACAAAGUCUGAGAUGGAGCAAGUGGAGCAAGAUCCCGAGUUCAUAACAUUGUCUCGCCAGUUCAAGGCAACUGCUACAGAGCUGAUUUCUGUUCUUGAGCAGAAACAAAAAACUGGAGGAAGAACAAAAGUUCUUCUGGAGACAGUUCCAGUUCACAAGUUGGCAGAUAUCUUUGUUGCCAGCUUUGAGAUAAGUUUUGAGGAGCAACUGUGUAUGCUGGACUCAGUUGAUCUGAAAGUGAGACUUUCGAAAGCCACUGAGUUGGUUGACAGGCAUUUGCAGUCCAUACAUGUAGCAGAGAAGAUUACUCAAAAAGUUGAGGGUCAAUUAUCGAAAUCGCAAAAGGAAUUUCUUUUGCGUCAGCAGAUGAGAGCUAUAAAAGAGGAGCUUGGGGACAAUGAUGAUGAUGAAGACGAUGUAGUUGCCCUGGAAAGAAAGAUGCAAAGUUCAGGAAUGCCUUCAAAUAUCUGGAAGCAUGCACAGAGGGAGUUGAGGAGGCUGAAAAAGAUGCAACCCCAGCAACCUGGAUAUAAUAGUUCACGUGUUUACCUAGAGCUUCUUGCUGAUCUUCCCUGGCAGAAGGCCAGUGAAGAGUAUGAAUUAGAUUUAAGGGUUGCAAAAGAACGUCUGGACAGUGAUCACUAUGGAUUAGAUAAGGUCAAGCAGCGGAUUAUUGAAUAUCUGGCUGUUCGCAAGCUUAAACCAGAUGCCAGAGGCCCUGUGUUGUGCUUUGUCGGCCCACCAGGUGUUGGGAAAACAUCUUUGGCAUCAUCUAUUGCUGCUGCUUUGGGCAGAAAAUUUAUACGCAUAUCCCUUGGUGGCGUUAAGGAUGAGGCUGAUAUUCGAGGGCAUAGGAGGACAUACAUUGGAAGCAUGCCGGGGAGACUCAUUGAUGGAGUAAAGAGAGUUGCUGUUUGCAAUCCAGUCAUGCUACUAGAUGAAAUUGAUAAGACAGGUUCUGAUGUACGUGGUGAUCCCGCUUCAGCUCUACUGGAGGUUCUUGAUCCAGAACAAAAUAAAACAUUCAAUGAUCACUAUUUGAAUGUUCCUUUCGACCUUUCAAAGGUGAUUUUUGUGGCAACUGCAAAUAGGGUGCAGCCUAUUCCUCCACCACUCUUGGACAGGAUGGAAGUUAUCGAGCUGCCUGGAUAUACACCUGAAGAAAAGCUGAAGAUAGCUAUGCACCAUUUAAUUCCACGAGUUCUUGAUCAGCAUGGUUUGACUUCUGAGUUUCUCAAAAUUCCGGAGGCCAUGGUGAAACUUGUCAUUCAGGGGUACACUAGAGAAGCUGGUGUUCGGAAUCUGGAGAGAAACUUGGCUGCUUUGGCUCGUGCAGCAGCUGUAAGAGUUGCAGAGCAAGAACCAGCUGUCUCUCCGAUCAAAGAUGUGCAUUCGCUUGCUUCACCACUUCUUGAAAACAGACUUGCUGAUGGAGCUGAAGUGGAAAUGGAGGUUAUUCCAAUGGGUGUGAAUAAUCAUGAUAUAUCAAGCACUUUCAAGAUUGCUUCGCCAUUGACUGUGGAUGAGGAUAUGCUGGAAAAAGUAUUAGGGGAUAGGUUGCUUCAGCUUAUUGUUAGGUAG